AAAAAAUCAAUAAUUUCGGUUCCUUGGUUUCGAUGUAUUUUUGCACAGGCCUAGGUAAAGCUAGUACGAAGCCCACUUGGGCAUUCGAUUAUUCGGCUUCGGCGCCUAUCUACUUACUCCUUUCUCCCGUCAAAAAUCCCCAAGGAAUCUCGACCUCCAAUUCCGCCAUGCCGUCGUCUUCUCCGUCCCUCCUCUCCUCCCCGCUACCCUCCCCUGCCACCCUCUUCUCCAAGAAGCCGCCGUCCUUGCGCGCCGAGAGGCGCGCCGUCCGGGUGGUGGCCACGGCGGCGGCCGCCGCGCCGGUGGCCGCGGCGCGGGCCGGGCCGUCGGCGGCCGAGGUGGCGCGGACGGUCGUGGAGCUCGCGCCGUCCGGGACGCUCUCCGUGGUGGGCCCCGACGGCUGGCCGCUCGGCGUCGGCGCGCGCUUCGUCGCGGACGCCGCCGGCGCGCCCGCGCUCUGCCUUGCCGCCUCGGGUGUCGCCGCGCCAGAUGCGCGGUCCAGCUUCCACGUCGAGUUCCGACAGAGUGGGGCUAGGACACCACAAUGUACUAUGAUUGGUACCUUGACUAAGCCUAGUGACGAGUCUGUGUUGAAGAAGCUUUCCACUAGGUGGCAAAAGAAAUUUGGGGAAGAGGUAGAUCAACAUCUUUUGUAUUUGAUAUCUGUUGAGCGGAUCUUGCACAUGGAAAAUUUCAAUGAGGAUGGCAUGUGGGUAGUUCCAUCAGAGUACACUGGUGCUGAACCUGAUCCUCUUCGUAAUUUUGCUGAAAACAUUGUGGAGGAAAUGAACAGCAAACAUGCAGAAGACGUCCAUAGGAUAUACAACAUAUAUGUCGAAUCAGAUUUCCAGGUGGCAGAUGUGAAGAUGAUAUGGGUUGACAGGCUAGGUUUCGACUUGCAUGUUCAUUCUGGGCAAGGUGUCUUUUCUGUUCGGAUUCCUUUCUCAAGAGAGGUAUCUGACGAGAAGGGUGUGAAAUCGUCGUUCAACAUGAUGUCUCAUCAUGCGUGGGAGGUAGAGAAGAGCUAUUCCAGUCCAGAGUUUGAGAAGGUACAGUUCUUGAAGAAGGUCAGAUAGGCAGUGUGAGUUCUAUCACUAUGGUUGAUCAUUUUUUGUCAUUCAUAUGAGUAUAAUGCGAGAUCCAAUUCCUUUUAACAUGUAUCACGUGUCUUGUGUGUAUCUUCAUCGUUUUUUUCUACCACAUGUAGAUUGGACACAAUUGACAUCAUGAACUAUGUAUUAGUCAUUUAUUUGAUAUGGGCAAUGAAUUUUGACCUUA